UGGACUCGCGUCGGACAAGCAAAUUCACAGUACAGGAACCGGUAUCAACUGGAUGAGCUUAGCCGACUGCUGAGAGACGUCCGGUUACAUCAUUCUCAUCUAAAGAAGAUAAACCAUUCGUUUUUUAAUUUAAAUAGUUCUACUGGAUUAUAGAAUUUUAUUAUGCUUGUUCAGCGUUUCGUUUUUGGACGUCUUUCUAUGGAACAACGAGGGAACCUGAUCAUAACUGAAAGUAGUUUCAGCGAAAGAGAUACAUUUAGAGAAGAAUGCUGAUCAUCACCACAACCUUGUCAUUCUGAGUUACUUGAGUAAAAGACUUGGGCAGAGUUGAUAAACUCCUGUUUUCACUUCAUCUUUGAGUUGCACAUUUCGAUUUCCUUGCUCAUCACGUUGAAAAUGGUUGGAUUCAAACCCGUCGAUGUCCCCCCUACCGCUGCCGUGAAGUUCAUUGGGGCCGGGACUGCAGCGUGCAUUGCAGAUCUCGUCACAUUCCCCCUUGACACUGCCAAAGUCAGGCUUCAGCUUCAAGGAGAAUGCAAAUCUGCAGGAGCCAGUGUGACGUCUGUCAGAUACAGCGGCGUCUUUGGCACGAUCACCACCAUGGUGAGGACUGAGGGGGCGAGGAGUCUGUACAAUGGGCUGGUAGCCGGUCUCCAGCGCCAGAUGAGCUUCGCUUCCGUCCGCAUCGGCCUCUACGACUCCGUCAAGCAGUUCUACAACAAGGGGGCUGAGCAUGCUGGGAUUGGAAGCCGCUUGCUCGCUGGUUGUACCACUGGAGCUAUGGCUGUGGCCCUCGCUCAACCAACUGAUGUGGUCAAAGUGAGAUUCCAGGCUCAAGCCAAUGGGUCCAGCGGAAACCGACGAUACCAGGGAACCAUGCAAGCCUACAAGACCAUUGCAAAAGAGGAAGGCGUCAAGGGACUAUGGAAAGGAACUUCACCAAAUAUUGCUCGGAAUGCCAUUGUGAACUGCACCGAAUUGGUCACUUAUGACCUAAUCAAAGAUGCGCUUCUGAAAUCUAAUCUCAUGAGCGACACCUUGCCAUGCCAUUUCACGUCUGCUUUUGGUGCCGGCUUCUGCACCACUGUGAUCGCUUCCCCUGUCGAUGUAGUGAAGACAAGAUAUAUGAACUCUGCCCAAGGCCAGUACUGCAGUGCAUUGAACUGUGCCUUCACCAUGAUGAAAAAGGAGGGACCCACUGCUUUCUAUAAAGGGUUCAUGCCUUCUUUCCUGCGUCUGGGUUCCUGGAACGUAGUGAUGUUUGUCACCUAUGAACAGCUUAAACGUGGCAUGAUGAUUGCUCAUCAGAACUGGGCAACCCCUGUAUAAAUAGUCCUAGUGCAUAGUGCUUUCUCCCUGCAGCUUGAAGUUAAAGACACCUGUGCUGUAAUCUCUACCUCCCUUGUAGUUUAUUUGUUAUAAUGUCAUUUUUUUCUAUGUUUACAGACGACUAAAAGCUGGACUUUUUAAAGACAAUGCAUCUUUUGCAUUGAUUUCAUUUAGAAAAUGUUUUGUAUUAAGGUCUGCUAUAAACCUUAGUACAUCUGUAAUAAAAUGGCAACAGGAAUUAGCUUUAAUUUGAGUCUGCUAGCCUCACUGAAUUUAAUUUCUUCAGCUAAUGUUGUGCACCACUGUAAUCAAUUGACUACAAAGAAAUAAAAUUUGUAACUGCAGAA